AUGAAACACGUCUUUGCUCCUCUGUGUCUGCUGGGAUCUCUUCUUCUGCGUGCCUUGACUCAAUGCCCCGUCCACACCUCAGAGUUUCAGCUGGAAGGAGAUUAUUUGAUAGGUGGACUUUUUGAUGUUCAUCAUGUCGAUGGCCCUGUUUAUCAUGACCGACCAGAAGCCAUCGACUGCGCCAGUCAACCCUUAAUUCUGUCAAGUUAUCGGAGGUUUCAGCUGAUGAGAUUCUCUGUAGAGGAAAUCAACAACUCUACCAACCUACUGCCAAAUGUAUCUCUUGGCUAUGAGAUAUUUGACCACUGCUCAGAUAUACAGAACUUUCCAGGUAUUUUCAACCUCAUUUCUGUCAGUGGCUUGAUCCAACCUUGGGGUGAACCACACAAACAACACGGACAUGAGUCUAAUGUGUCCAGAGUGAUAGCAGUGGUUGGUCCUUUUUCAAGCACUCAGGCCCUGACUGUAGCCCCACUACUAAUGGCGGAUCUCAUUCCUAUGGUCAAUUAUGGAUCUUCUAGUUCUAUUUUUUCAAAAACAUUAAAAUUUCCAUCUUUCCUGCGAACAGUGCAUCCCAAUAAGGACAUGAUAGAAGUGAUUGUUAACAUCAUACUGCACUUCAACUGGCGCUGGGUUGCUUUCCUUAAUAGUGAUGAUGAAUUUGGCAUUGAUGGACAGGAAUUGUUCAUCAAGAGGAUUAAGGACACUGAGAUCUGCCUGGCGUACACCAAAGGUCUCAAUGACAAUACAAAUUACUCUAAAAUAUUCAGACAGAUAGAGGUACAGAGGAUAAAUAUCAUUAUUGUUUUUGCUCCUGAAAUGACUGCUGAAGCUCUCAUCGAGUCAGCAAUACAACUAAAUGUCACCAACAAAGUGUGGAUAGCAGGAGAUGCCUGGUCCUUAAAUAAAAGGCUCUCCAAGAAGAAAGGGAUCAGAAAUAUUGGAACUGUACUUGGGGUGUCUCAGUCAGUAGUGAUGAUACCUGGUUUUAGUAAUUUUAUCUAUUCUUCCAAAAGUCAGACUCACUGUGAAAAUGCAGGACAGCAGUUCUGUAAUCAGAUUUGCAACUGUAGUAACCUGAGUCAAGAAGAUAUCGUUUCUGCAGACCCAUCUUUCUCUUUUCCUGUUUAUUCUGCUGUAUAUUCAAUCGCUCAUGCCAUACACAAUGCUUUGCAAUGUGGAGCUGGAACAUGUAAUGACAAUAUUACAGUGAACCCACAAAUGGUUCUAGCAGAGCUGAAGAAGUCAAACUUUACACUUUUAAAUCAAAGUAUUCAGUUUGAUGAGAAUGGUGACCCCAAGUUUGGACCCUAUUCUAUCAUUUUCUGGAAUCGCAGCGGUGAUGCAGAGGAGGUCGGCUUUUAUCAUUUUCACACAUUGGUGAAAUUCUUCAUCAACAACACCAAAAUUCAUUGGUACACAAACGGAGAAGCACCUACUUCACUAUGUUCCCCAGAAUGUCCAGUAGGACAUGCAAAAGAGCAAGAUGGAAUCCACAAAUGCUGCUUCAAUUGUGAAAUCUGUCUGAAUGGAACUUACAUCAACAGCACAGAGGAUCCCUACAAGUGCAUCAACUGUAAGGAGACAGAAUGGUCUGCAGAAGGAAGUACAUCAUGCAAUCUGCGGGUGGUGGAGUACACCCCAUUCACAGACAGUGAGGCUAUACUGAUCAUGGUCGGGGCCUGGGCCCUGGUGGGCCUCACACUAGCCAUGUCUGUUCUCUUUGCCAUCAACUACAACACCCCUAUUGUCAGAUCUGCUGGGGGACCCAUGUGCUUCCUAAUUUUAGGCUGCCUCAGUCUGUGUAGUCUUAGUGUGUUCUUUUACUUUGAUAAGCCAACAGUUUCUUUCUGUAUCUUAAGGCUCUUACCAUUCAUUUUGUUCUACACUGUCUGUCUGGCAUGUUUUGUUGUGCGAUCCUUUCAAAUUGUUUGCGUUUUCAAAAUGGCUGCCAAGUUCCCCAAGCUCUACAGUUGGUGGAUAAAAUAUCAUGGACAAUGGCUGGUCAUCACUGGGGCUUUUGUUAUUCAGGCACUCUUUCUUCUCAUUGGCUAUUCUUGUGGAGCCCCCAAGCCCUACAAUGAAACACUUUGGUACCCAGACAAAAUAAUACUGAGCUGUGACAUGGGUCUGAAAGCAAACUCUGGUUCUGUGAUUUUACUUGUGUCUUUGUGCUCCCUUUGCUUCAUUUUCUCCUACAUGGGAAAAGACCUCCCAAAAAAUUACAAUGAGGCCAAAGCAAUAACAUUCUGCCUGCUCCUGCUGAUCCUCACCUGGAUCAUCUUCUUUACCGUGCACGUGCUUUACCGUGGAAAGUACAUCCAAACUCUUAACGCUCUUGCAGUACUCUCCAGUCUCUUCUCCUUUCUGUUGUGGUAUUUCCUCCCAAAAUGUUACAUCAUCAUUUUUCAACCCCACAAAAACACACAGCAGUACUUCCAAGGUCUCAUUCAGAAUUACACAAAAACAAUUAGCCAGUAG